GCUCCUUUCAUCAUGCAGCUGGUGAUCCGUCAGUACCGUCCCUCAGACAAGGACACAGUGCGGACCCUGUUCAGCAUCAGCAUCCGGGAGCACAUCGGCCCAUGUUUCCGCAAUGCCAUGACCAGCCCUCUCUACAUCGCCAUCACGCUGGCUCUGUGUGUUGCUGGAUACCUGCUUGGCUCUGUGUUUGGAGCUGUGCUGUUACCAGCAGUCUGGGUAGGCCUCAUCUACUACUGCUCUUAUGAGCUCUAUGACAGCUACGUCAGAGAGAGACUUCGGACAGACAUGCAGGACAUCGUUGGAAACUAUCUGAGCAGACCAGAUGACUGUUACUGGGUGGCUGAGGCUGAGGUUGACGGAAGCGUGCAAGUCCUCGGUAUGGUGGCUGUAGCAGCCAAACACAAUGGGAAAGAAGAAUACGGGGAGCUGUUCAGAAUGAUCAUCUCACCAGAGUGCAGACGACUGGGUCUGGGCCGCAGGUUGACUCAGACCGUGGUUGACUUCUGUAAGGAACGAGGCUUCUCCAAGGUAGUGCUGGAGACCAGCACCACCCAGACGCCUGCUGUGGCCCUGUACGAGAAACUGGGCUUCAGCCACGUGCUCUCACACACCAAUGGGGGUGUUCCCUCCUGGGUUGUGUCACUGGCCAAAGUCAGAGUUUUAAGAAUGGAAAAACGGCUGUAGGCCUGAAGAAAGCACUCAUCAACUGAUGUUAUGUUCCUGUUCUCUUCUGCAAACACUAGUUUAAGCUUUUGCAUUGAUCAUACGUAAUACUUAGACCAAGAAGAGCCUUGGGUAGUGCAGGGAUCAAUUCAUAGGUUUACACAUUACAUACAGCUGCUCUUGUGAGCUCACUGGAGCAUGAUUCAGUCACUUUACAUUGUUGUAGUGUAUGUGGAUUUUCUUUUUUCAAUAGAUUCAAGUACUGUCAUUUUAUUUGUCAAACUAUAUUGACCACUUUGAAUUGUUUUUUCAUACAAAAGGUUGAAGAUGAAGAAAAUACAUUGUUCACAUUUACAUACUUUGACUGUUAAAGCCCCUCACUAUGGUAACUCAAGUUUGACAUGAGUGUAACAUAACAUUGGAGCUGGAUGAAGCUGUGAAGCUGGAAUUAGAAGCUUAACAGAUCAGUGAGAAUGAAACAGACCAGCAGAGACAUUAGAAGUAAUAUACAGAUGAAUAUAAUGUAGUAUAUUGUACUGUUACACUGUACUGCAGUAUACAGUAAGAACAUCUAGUUUAGAGAUGGAUAAUGCUGACUAAUGAUUGGUCAUUAUUAUAGGUGCUUCUAAAAUAAUCUUUUGUUACAGAAGACAUUCUUAAUAUCAGAUUCUUAAUAAGUCUUAAAAGAUUAUUCAUUGAAUCCUUAUGUUUAAGGAUGAGAAAGUCUUAUUUUUAAUCAUGAAAUUUAAAUUUGGAGAUGAAGCCUAUAUGUUAUAUUGGAUUCCAUAGAAGUGUGUUAUUAUUUUACGCUUUUCUAUUUUCCAAAUUAAAGAUUUCAAACUGCACUUACUAUAUAGCACUGGUAGUUGCAGUUUUAGACAUGUGAACACUUUGAUUGUUGUUUUGCACGUGUUCAAUUCAUAGAGAUACGUGUCCAUAUUGGGGGGAAAAAAUCAUACUGGUAAUUGUAACACAAUGUGAUUUACAUAAACAUACAUUUCUUCUCCUAAAGAUUCUAAGUUUUGUUUGGUGAAGCCAAAAAAACAUUAAAUUUAACUUUGAACAGUAUGCAGGUACCCUUCUAUUAAAGUAUCCCAUUCAGCCAUGACAAACAAUGAAAGGAUCCUCAAACUGUCACAGCUGCAGUGGCCAUCAGUAAUUUUAUUCUUUUAUUUGUGCAUUUUCUACUUUGACAUGUCAAAAUCACUUACAGUAUGAAGUAAAAAUUCCAAAAACAUGUUUUGAAUGUUUGUGAUGAAGACAGUGAUCUCAGAAAUCUGUCUGUUUAACAGCAUUGUGUUUGGAAAUCUCAUGCAGUCAUGUCAAUUUGACUCUAAACAUGGUUUCUAAUGUGGAAAUGUAUGGAAAUAUAUGUGAUUCAUACAGAUGGAAUUGUUCAUUGUUAGUCAUAAACAGCAGGGGGCGCCGCUUGUCUAAGUAACAGCAACUGAGGUGCAAAGUCACUAAAGUACACUUACACAAGUGCUGUGUAACUGCAUAUAUUUUCACUUUCUUUUGGUGUUGAUCAUCAUUACAGUGCUUGAGCUUUACUUGAGUAUUCCACUACAUUUAGCCAGUUACUUUGAUCACAUACAAAUUCCAUGCAUCUUGGUAUGUCUAGUGUGAUAGUAUAGAUCAACUCUACAACAGUGUUAUAUACCAAAAAUGAGCUCAUCCAGGACCAAUUCCAACAUUAGGACACUGUAUAUACUGUACUGUACUUUCAAUUUAUUCUGCCUAUAAUAUUUUUAUACUUUCACUCAAUAAAAUUUUGUAAGAAAGA